CUGUUUUCAACUGAAAGUAUAUCAACUGAAACUUAAAAAAUAUCAAAACUUAUAAAUGAGAUCAAUAAAUAAAAUACAAAUAAUUACUUACACAGCAAAUCAUGUUGUAGUAAAUAAAGAUUAGUAAAUCAAUUCAUAUCCAAUCUAACAUCAAAUACUACUUCAAAAAUGUGGGUAUCAAAUGUGACAGACAUUUUCCCGUUCAGUGAAAUUUGUGAUGCAAUGUUCUCCUCCAUGAAAAUUUAAUUGGAAAGGAAAUCCAGUGCUACGCCACGUCAUGUCAUCGUCUUCGUCCUCAGAGCAAUCAAAUUACUGCCGAUUGUGCAAGACGACCGCCCCCACGCGCCUGGCAUGGUUGACCCAUCUCGUGUCAUCCGUCCAUCAAAUGAUGAUGAGAAUAGCUGAAAACCAGAGGAGGGGUUUCCGCCUUACGGACCGCUGGGAUAAGAGUCGUGCCCUUCGAAUCUUAGACUGUUUCCAGGUUCCGGCACGGUCAAUUUUAGAAUAUCUCGACAGUUGGGGUCCGGUUGAAAAUUUUAGCUAUCUCUCGAAAACUGAUGGAGGGAUGCAUAAUUGUCAUAUCCUUAUGAGAAGCAAGAUGAACGCGAUUUCAGUGUCCGGAUUUGGCAAACCUCAUUUUGUGUCAGUUCCUACAGGGAAGGCUAUAGUUAUUCGAAGGUGGUCCGAUAAAAAAGAGAAGAAAAAGGAUGGACCAGAAAUUUGUAAAGAAAGAGAUCGUGCUCUAAUAGAUAGCCAUUCUUCAUCAACGCAUUCCUCGAGCUUAGAUGCUGAGCUCGAAAACACAACAGAGUUAAUAGUAUCGCCGAUACCUGGACAUUUCCCAUGUUCAACUUGCAAGACAAUCUCAUAUACCUUGUCUGAUUGGGCAUUCCAUCUCAUCUCUACGCCACACCGAAAAUUUAAGACAAGUGAAGUUAGCAUGGGAUUGAAAAGUUGGGAUUACCAGAAAGGCGUCUUACUUCAAGGAGUGAAUGGUUUAAGCAGAAUUCGAAUCAUUGCUUGGGCCCUGAGCUGGGGCCAAGUGACAGACUUUAUUGACCCGGCUAAAGAAGAUAAAAGUCCUAUUGCAUAUCUUCUAUUCGAGAAAAAGGAGAAUGUGGAUGCACUAAUAAACUUUAAAGACUACCAAAUCAUCUCUCACAGAAGAAUUGAUGUCCUUCCAAGUCCGGAAUUCUCAGGUUAUGCAAAGUUGGAGAAGCAAAUGUUAAAGGCAGAAAAGCUUGCGUCAGAAAUGAUCUCUAUAGCACCAUCAUCAACAUCUACUCAUAGCAGUACUAACCAAGACGAUGAGGAUUCCAAGGAGGCUGAAUGUCGGGCACUAAUUAAUCUACUGGGAAAAAACGUAAUCGAAAAUCAGCUAGCCCUUUUCAUGAGACAUAACACGUGGUCAGACUCGGUGUACGAGAAAGCUGACUCAUUUAUUCGGAGUGUUCUUAUACCCAAUGUGAUAAAGCGGUUGGAACUUCCGGUAAAUACAACUUGUCAAAUUCUCCCUUACGGAGCGUAUGGAUGUCGUACAGGAAUUGUGAAUAAUAAAGCACCCCCAAAACUUCACCUACAUUUAAAUAUGAUAUCGACAUUAAACUCUUCGUUUGAUAUGGACCUUUUUCCAACUCAGGUUGAACUAGUGCAUAAAGUUCGCAUAGGUCUCGAAUCUAGCCUAAACUUACUCCCUGGUUCAAUCCGUGCAUUAUCUGAUGCUUCUAAUAGGCCAACAUUGGUCUUUUCAACUGACAUGGAAGAACAGAAAUUCGAAUUUCAUCUCCGGAUAGAUUCAAAUAACAUACUUGCUUCUCAAGAGAGCUCUUUAAUCGCUCACUAUUGCAACUUUGACCCCAGAGUGCGACCACUACUUUUGAUAAUUUUGCAAUGGAACGAAUUAUUGUCUCAAGUGCAAUCUACAGAUGAUGAGAUAUUUCCAUCACAUUUGAUGUCAGUGCUGGUCCUGUUUUUCCUCAUUCACAAAAAAAUUGUCCCUAGUGUACACGAACUUUGUGCUCAGAACGAUGGUAAUGAAAGCAAUGCAGAACCAAUUUGGUUUAAAGGAUAUGACAUUUCCUUUUCAAAGUCUAGGGGGAAUAUUAAGCACCACCCAGAACUGAGUGACCAGUCCAUCUUGUCCCUCAGUAUACUGGCACUGCUCAAAGAAUUUUUCCAUUUUUAUGGUUGGGUAGACAUGCAAGAGAACGUGUUUUGUGUUCGACUUGGACGUCUGAUCUCAAAAGAUUUGUUUUUUUACUGAACGCACAUCAGACCUUCCGAGUGAGAUUAAGGAAAUGUAUUUCAAAGGAGAGGGUAAACUGUAUACAGUUAGUCCACUCGUGGUUCAAGAUCCUCUGAUCCUUUCCCUAAAUCUAUGCAAGAGUCGAGGCCGGAAAGUCGUUUGUUUCAGAUUCUCUGGAAUGUGUCGAAAAGUAUUUCAAAAUCUUGAGGACAGUUUUAACGAAGAACAACCAAGUUUGGAAGCUAUAUUUAACAACGUGCAUAAAUAUUCGAACAAAGAGCUGUUCAAUAAAAGUUUGCAAUUGUGAAAAA